AUGGAAGAGAAUGAGGCCAGAUUCGUAAAACUAGAGCAGAGCGAUAAAGAAAAGGCUGAGCUCAUUGCAGAACUAAAUUGUGAUGUUGGGAAAAUCAAGCAGGAGCAAAUUGCUAUUCAUGUUUCGGUGCAAGACAAGACAUCC